AUGUACCCAUUCACUUGGCUAGCGCUAGGGGAUUCACAUCCAUUGUUGAACUUCUGCUCAGCCAUCACGCCAACGGUGAACGAGCUUUUUUUUGGCAUUCGUGACGACGAAGGAAACGGCGCUAUUCACUUCUGUUGUAAAGGUGGUCACGUGUCAACGCUGAAUCUGUUGCUACAACAGGACGGAGUCAAGGUUCAUGAACCGAACAUUUACGGAGACACUCCUCUUCACAUGUAUGAUUCAUGUUGCUGUUGUAGGCCAUUGAAGGUGAUAUUCUGUAAUGUAGCUCCGUAAGG